AUGGAGCCUAGCAGACAGGCAUGGUUGCUGUCCAAGCCUGUAGGAAUAGCUUCAGAAGCAUCUUCACUGGGACAGAACAUGAGCGUCAACCCUGGUGCCUCCAUGCCUACAUUUGCAACCCUGCCUGUUCUCCCACCUGCCCCCCAACCAGCAACCCAGUUAUUUUGGGAGCCCCCGGCACCCCUUGUGACUACAGGCAUCUCUCCCAGGAAUCCUUUAGUGCUAUCUGCCUUGCCUGGGAUGUCUUUGGUGGCAGAAGAUGGAAGCACUGCCCUGAGCACAGCUGUCCCUCUGAACAUUGUACAGGUUGGGGCCCCAGGCAGGCCUGUGCACAAUGCCAACAUUGUCCUCACUCAGGUGCCCCUCAACUGUAAUGUCCCCGGGACCCAAGGUGGCAGCAUGGGGCGCCCUGCUUCACUCUUUAUGACAACACCUGCUGCUAACACCUUCAUUAAUGCCCGAAUUGCUUCAGCUGUCCAGCCCCAAGAAGGAACAUGGGUCCUGGGACCUCGCCCUCCCACCACACAGCCAGUUGUCCAGCUGGUUCCUGUCAGGUCCCCAGUGAACUCAGCACCACCUCCAAAAGGAGCACACGGAGAGAGUGGCCCAGCCAACGUCCAAACCAGCUCUCCGGACAACUACUUGUCCAAACCAGACAGCGUCUAUGGGAACUUCCGUCGCUGGCAGCAUAUCAAGACACUGGUCCAGAGGCACCUGUCCCAGACUCCUGAUGUGGCAGCUUUCUCCUGCUUCCUCAUCCCAGUGCUUCGGUCCCUGGCCCGGAGGAAGCCCACCAUGAACGUGGAGGAAGGCCUGUGGAGAGGUCUGCAGGAAUGGCAGUGCACAAGCAACUAUGACCGUAUGAUCUUCUUUGAGAUGGCGGAAAAGUUCACAGAAUUUGAGAAUGCAGAAGAGAUGGAGAAUUCGAGGCUGGAGAUGGUGAGAGGUGUUCAGGGCCAAGUUCUUACAACCACAGCAAGGCAAGAUCCUCCAAAGCCCCCAGCUCCUGAGGUGGUUGAGGAACCAGCGUGCACCUCCAUGGAGACUGUCCCCAAGACUGACCCUGCCCACUUCCCAGCUCUCAGACGCCAGAAGAAUGAGACGGCCAUGGAGAUUCCAUCUGAAGCUGUGCAGGAGUACAUGGAUAUCAUGGACUGGCUGGACCGGCUUCCGCAGUCAUUCACAGGAGAGCCCGAGGAAAAGGAGGACGAGGAGGACAUUGGGCUGGAGCAGGAAGAUGACUUGUACACAGACACGGGACUCCUGAGCUACAUUGAUGAACUCUGCUCCCAGAAACACUUUGUUGAACAAGUGGAGGCCAUAAUAAACCCCCAGUUUGUGGCAGAAAUCCUAUCUCCCAAACCAGAGAUGGACAUACCAACUCUAACCAAAGAGCUGGAGUAUGAGGAAAAACUCACUGUUGACCAGCUGCUGAAGAAGCAUUGUGUGGCUUUGAAGAAGGGAGGCGAGAGGGCACCUCUGAACCCCGGUGCCCCCCAGAUACCUGCCAGUGCUUCCAUACUGACUGUCUGCCAAGGUGCAGAGACACGUGACAAUGCUCCCCAAAGAGGAUGCAGUGCACAGACUGGCUCCUCACGAAUGGCUUCCUUAGACCAGCAGUGUCCUGGAGCCACCAAUGCAGAAAUAUGGGGACCUAAGCUUGCCACUGUCCUCCUAGGUAGCCGAGCUUCGCCCUCACUGGCAGACAUCGGAGCCACUGUUAUUCCUCGUGGCAGAGGAACCCACUCCCAAAGCGCGGGGUACAGAUGUGCAGGGAGCCUCAGAGGCACAUCUGGUACUGAGGAGCCCUACGAACCACUGGGCAGAACCAUUGAGGACAAGGAGGAGUUUCCCAGCCUGUCCUUCCUCCUGUCUUCCCAGUGCAGGCUGGUGCCAUGGAAACUAUCUCGCCACUUGUGCCCCUAUGCAGAUCUCUCUGACUCUGAUAGUAUCCCCAAACCAUCUGCAAAAAUAAGGGGCUUCAGUCCUGAUCCAUCUCCGUUAGCCAAGUCUAAGAAGCGAGCCUUCAUUGGAGGCUUGGCUCCUGUGGCUAAGAGGCCUAACUUGGGGCCUGGUCAUGGGGUCUCUGAAAGGCCACUCUCAGUUCUGGAGCUGGCUCAUCUCUCGCAGCCUCAGAAGGGGAAGCAUGAGACACUAGGUACACGGAAGAGGAAGAGGAAGAAAAGGCAUUGA